AAGAAAGUCCGCCCGGGUCGAAGACAUCAGUUUUACGAGAACUUUUAAGAAUGUACAAAGUUGCCUGCCUAUUGCUUGUUGCCCUCUUCGGAGUGGUUUACGCCGUGCCCUCCCAAUAUGAUUCGGAACAAGUUUGGUUACCUGGAAAUCUGUCGUAUCCCCUUCCCAGUAAUGCUCUGGUUGGCGGAUUUGAUUCUUUUGGGUAUAAACUCUAUGUGGGCCGUGUAAACUUCACCGGAACAAUUGCACCCUGCAGUGUGAAGGCGGCGACUGGAGUUGCCGAUGGCAACACGGAAUUGUAUACAUUCACAGAAAGAACCUAUCAGCUUCUGACUACCAAGGAUAACAUGGAUUACGAAUGGAUUCGCAGUUACGAUGGCAUUCUCGAGGACAACGCCGUUUCAGUGGGAACUUCCGCCUUGAACGAAAGGGUGUUCAUCUGUCGUGCUAAAUCGGAUGACGGUAUAAUCGUCGGAUCUUUGUUCCUGACCAAAAGGCGUGCUUGAUUAAAGGUCUAACUACUUUUAACUACAUACACUCAUUCGACAAGUACGAAGUUUUGAUUGCUGUACCCAAAACUAAUGCAAAAUAUUAUUGAACAUUGACAAAAUAUACUUUAUACUUGUAAGAAAGUAUGUACGAGUAUGUAUAAAUGUA